UCUCAACAACCUCAUUUAAUUAAUAGCUAUUAUGUGUUUAUAAAUAAACCAUUUGCAUAUAUAUGUAAUUUGUAAAAUAAUACCAUAAAACUAGAAAUUGGAAAGAGAGAGAGAUAUGGCAAUAGAAAGGCAAGUGACGGAAGCAGAGGAGCCAGUAAGUCCAUUUGCACGCUUGUUUAGCUUGCCGGGUCUCGAUGUCUUCAACAUUGUAACCAUUGGAUGCAAAACCGAAGGCAAUGCCUCAACCAUCGUCGAAGGCAUAAAGAACACAUUGAUCAACCAUCCACGCUUCUCUAGCAUACUGGUGACUGGUCAUGGUGAGCACAAAGGAAAAGCUAGAUGGAUUCCAACGAAAAUAAACGUAGAAGAGCAUGUCAUUGUUCCGGAUAUAGAUCCCAACAUUGAGAAUCCUGAUGAGUUUCUUGAAGAUUAUACAUCAAACAUGGCUCUUUCUCCAAUGGAUAUGUCCAAACCUUUAUGGGAGUUUCAUUUAUUGAAACUUAAAACAUCACAUGCGGAAGCUGUGACCGUGGCUAGGUUCCAUCAUUCUUUGGGCGACGGAAUGUCUCUUAUGUCUCUUUUACUCGCUUGUACUCGGAAAACAUGUGAUCCCGAGGCAUUCCCCACUUUUGUGGCUCCGAAGAAAAACAAAGCGAAGAACGUUUGUUUUUCUUUGGUAGCUUGGUUAUGGUUCAUAGUAAGACUUAUGUUCCACACUUGUGUUGAAGUCAUCAAGUCUAUAGUUUUUAUAUGUCGUGCGAGUGACACCUCAGCUCAUAUAAUGGGAAAACCAGGAGCUACACUUAGCGCUAAUAAGUUCAUUCAUCGAAUCAUUAGUUUAGAUGAUGUCAAAAUGGUGAAGAACGCCAUGAAUAUGACUGUAAAUGAUGUUCUUUUUGGGAUGGUACAAGCUGGUCUUUCUCGAUAUUUGAACCAAAGAUAUGAUCUUGAAACAUCUUCAAAGUCAAGAAAAAAUCUACACAAUAUCGGUCUUCAUGGUGUUGUUUUCUUUAAUCUAAGGCCAAAUAGAAAUAUUGAGGAUUUGGCUAAAAUGAUGGCAAAAGGUUCAAAGUGUAGAUGGGGAAACUCAAUAGGUUAUGUUCUGAUUCCUUUGGGGAUGAAGCCACAGGAUGAUGUAUUUGAAUAUGUUCGACAAGCCAAAACUAUCAUGGAUGUAUGCGUGUCUGAUCGACAUAGAUGGAUGUGUGGGGGUGGAAAACAGGGACUCAAGACUCUUGUGAAGAGAAUAUUUGGUAGCACAACAAUGAUAUUCUCAAAUGUGGUUGGUCCAGACGAAGAAAUUAGCUUUUUUGGCCAUCGAAUAGCUUACAUUGCUGCAAGUACCUUUGGUGUCCCACAGGCACUCAAUAUCUGUAUUCAAAGCUAUGUGGACAAACUUAUAAUCAACAUUGGGGUUGAUGUAGACGUGAUUCCAGACCCUCAUCACCUUUGUGAUCUCAUCAUUGAAGCUCUCCGCAUGAUGAAUUCUGCUGCUCCAAAAAAGGUUUUUCAUGCUUCAAAGGUUUAAACGAAAUGUUUGGCGUACAAAAGAAUUGAGCAUGGAAUUAUUUUCAAUACCUUGCCUCCUACCAUCUCUUUAAUUUUUAUUGGUCUACGACCAUCUCAUGAUAUAUGAGUUUAUCAUCUUUCUAUGUACUACACUAUUACUGUGUGAGAUAAUGAGUUUCGGUUCAAUAUUUUGUCUUUUUCUUGUACUAUGUUCUCGUCUAUUUUAUAUCGCAGUCCUUAUAUGUGA